AUGCUGCCACAUUAUAUAUCAAAAGGAUAUAUUAAGGCAAUUCUGCUGCUUUUUGGCGCUGCCCGGCACAUAUACAGCCUGGAGGUUUCUACCAACCCUGAUUUGCCCGGAGACGUGAGUAUACUCCCGUACAGCGCGUUUUUUGAGAAGAAAAAGACCCACCGAAUGAUAGGAACAAAGCUCCCAAAGGCGUACCUUGCAGGCUUUGAGCCGUUUGACAAGUACGUGCAGGCCUUGAAGUUUCUAGACAAAAAGGAGGACCAGAACUACAAAAAGCCCCCAAACUACAUCAACGAAGAGAUAUUCAAGCGCACAAUCAUCUCUGUUUUCUACACAAAGGAGUACUACAUGACUUUGAAAAACGACUGGGACAACAUGAAAAACAUCCACAUAUACAACGUAUACUACGACAACUUCAUCACGAUGGUCAACAUGGCGAAUAUCCCGUACUUUUCAAAGAGAGAGGGGCUGUAUCUCCCUCUGUCCGACAUCAACACAAUCCUUGCGCUCUACGAGAUAUUCUCCAUGAACAAGUAUGUGCGCAUUCCGCUGAAAGUAAAGCACAAGUACGGCAUGGACAUGACCAAAAGAGAUUGCUUUAAGGAGAACAUGCGGAAAAUCAUAGAAAUGAACACGCAAGCAAACACCGAGUAUCUAGGCAUUCUCAGAGAAAUCCGGUACAACGGAAGACCUGUUCUGAUUACGGAGGUGCCCCCAGAGCGCAUAGACACCAAGAGCUGGGUGCGGUGGAUUCUGAGCAGAGAGCCAAAUCUUGAUCUAGUCUGGUACCUGUACUCCACACUGUGCAACACCGUUAGGGACAACAACCUAAACCACACGCUUACAUACGUGAAAGAAACGAGUGUUCUGGGGAAGAAGGGAAUCCAGCUUUUUUUCAGCAACAAAAAAGCGCCAAGCACGGACUAUGUUGGCCUGGCCUUCUACCUGGAAAUGAACAACGCGCUGAAGGUUCGCAGCAUCGAGGUGUCCAUCCAGGAGGGGCUGGAGGUGCCUGAAAUGCACUUCAGCUCUGUGCUAGAGGUGUUCAGAAAGGUAGAGGUUGUGUACGUGAGCUCGCUAGGAAACCUCAAGAACAUAAAGCUAAACCUUUCUCUGGUGAACAUUGUGCUGGACUUUGAGAAGAAGCGGUCUGAGCGAGGCAUGGACCGAGUGCUGAAGGGCUUUGUCAUCUACGACUACAACUCGCUGAACGAGUUUGGGAAGAAGCAGCUGCUCGAGCUGAAUCUGCAGCAGGUUGGCUUUAUGACAGAGAUAUAUAGAGAGCGGGUGUGUGUGGAGAGCGAGCAUCCGUGCCUGUUCCGGCUGAACCAUCGGUCUCCGAACUUUUUGGGAAAGUUUUCCAUUCCGCAGGACAAAAAGGCAAAUGUGCGCGCUCUGGUCACGCCGUACGACUAUGUGUUCGAAGAGCUCAACGUGCAGAAGCUCAACGGGCUCACAGAGCUGGACAUUUCUCUGCCUGAACCCGAAAUGAAGGAAAUGUACAAAGACUCUGAGCUUCCCACUGUUCUGCGAAAGCACAUGGAUGUCACAACAGUGAGGCUAUUUGGAGAGGACGAGCAGCAGCAGUCUUCCUAUGUAGACAUGUUCAAGAAGUCGCUUGCCAUACUGAGCAUAACUCACCUCGACAUAACAGGCAUCCCGAUUAUGAACUCGGAAAUUCUGUCUGUUCUAGAGUCGAACACCAACCAAAUCAAGGACAAAAUAACAGAGUUUUCCUUCACAUACUUCGACCCCGGGCACGAAGAGUCUGUCAAUGACAAAGAAGAUUUUAGCGUAGACACCUCCACAUUCAUAAGAAUACUGCAGGUCCUUCCAAACCUCAGCAAGAUGAACGUGACCAUCCUGAACGACAAGUUUGAGGCAAGCGCCUUGAUCCAGGACUACAAAUAUCUUAUGAAGUGUGGAGGGACGCCGCACACUGAAGAGCAGCUUCGCAACAUCGUGAAUCUGAAGCUGGACAGCCCUCUUCUUUUCACUUCGGUGAAUACGUGCGACCAAAUUCUUGACGAGGGAAUGCGGAGGCUCCAGAAGCCGAUGUUUGAUGUCUUCUAUAAGACAAUGACGUGCCCAAACGGCCCAAACAGCGAAGCUUUGCAAAGAAUGCCCAUCCAGGAGCUCAUACGGUCUUUGCGGGACGCUAUAAAACCAAACAUGUGCCGAAAGUAG